GGCGCGCAGGUUGGGACGCGCGCUUGAGCUGGAAAAAUACAUCAUCCACCGAUUAUCAUUGCAGACGAAACCUCGUUUAUUUAAGUUCUAAUAAAGAGCCAUAUAUCCGAUUCUGAAAAUGCCGAGUAAUAAGCUGGAUAAACCAGAGAAGGUGGAGGUGAGUGAUAAUGUGAAGGUGGUGGUGAGAUGUCGACCCCUCAACGAGAAGGAGAAGAUGAUGGCACACAAGCAGGCCGUCGCCGUGGACGAGAUCCGGGGAACGAUUACUGUGAACAAACUUGAUAUGACUAGUGAGCCGCCAAAGACGUUCACCUUCGACACGGUGUUCGGUCCAGACAGUAAACAGCUGGAUGUGUACAAUUUAACAGCUCGACCUAUUAUUGACUCAGUAUUAGAGGGUUACAAUGGAACCAUAUUUGCAUACGGCCAGACAGGCACAGGGAAGACGUUCACUAUGGAGGGUGUCAGGGCAGUGCCUGAACUCAGAGGAAUCAUCCCAAAUUCAUUCGCUCAUGUAUUUGGUCACAUUGCAAAAGCAGAAGGAGACACCAGGUUUCUGGUAAGAGUUUCAUAUUUGGAAAUAUACAAUGAGGAGGUGAGAGACCUGUUAGGAAAGGACCAGAUGCAGAGGCUGGAGGUCAAGGAGAGACCUGAUGUAGGAGUUUACAUCAAGGAUCUUUCUGGAUAUGUGGUAAACAAUGCUGACGACAUGGACCGGAUUAUGACCCUUGGACACAAAAACCGUGAGGCAUGCAAAUGUGCAAACAUCGGCCCAGCAGAUUACAACUACGAUGAAACCAUCAGUACGCUCCGUUAUGCCAACCGUGCCAAAAACAUCAAGAAUAAGGCCAGGAUUAAUGAGGACCCCAAGGAUGCACUGCUGCGGCAGUUUCAGAAGGAAAUUGAAGAUCUCAAGAAAAAACUGGAAGAAGGUGAGGAGAUCUCUGGCUCUGAUGGCAGUGGAUCAGAUGACAUGGAUGAAGGAGAACAUGAAGUCGGAGAAGGAGGCGAGAGACGCAGGAAACGAAGAGGGAGGAAGAAGGUGUCUCCUGACAAGAUGGUGGAGAUGCAAGCUAAGAUCGAAGAGGAACGGAAAGCACUGGAGGCCAAACUGGACAUGGAGGAGGAAGAGAGGAACAAAGCACGUGCAGAGCUUGAGAAGAGAGAGAAGGACCUUCUCAAAGCCCAACAGGAACAUCACUUAUUACUCGAGAAGCUGUCUGCUCUGGAGAAGAGGGUUAUUGUUGGUGGAGUUGAUUUAUUGGCUAAAGCUGAGGAGCAGGAGAAGCUUCUGGAAGAAUCCAACAAUGAACUGGAGGAGAGGAGGAAGAGGGCCGAGCAGCUCCGGAGAGAACUGGAAGAAAAGGAGCAAGAGCGCUUGGACAUCGAGGAGAAAUACACCAGUUUACAGGAAGAAGCUCAAGGCAAGACCAAGAAACUGAAGAAAGUCUGGACCAUGUUGAUGGCAGCAAAAUCUGAGAUGGCUGAUCUGCAGCAGGAGCAUCACAGAGAGAUCGAAGGUCUGCUGGAAAACAUCCGGCAGCUGAGCAGAGAGCUGCGGCUACAGAUGCUCAUCAUUGAUAACUUUAUUCCUCAGGAAUAUCAGGAGAUGGUUGAGAACUAUGUGCACUGGAAUGAGGACAUUGGAGAAUGGCAGCUGAAAUGUGUGGCCUACACAGGCAACAACAUGAGAAAACAGACACCUGUGUCGGACAAGAAAGAAAAAGAUCCAUUUGAAGUGGACCUGUCCCAUGUUUAUCUGGCCUACACUGAGGAGAGCAUGAGACAGUCCCUAAUGAAACUAGAAAGGCCUCGGACAUCAAAGAGUGGAAAGUCCAGGCCUAAAACUGGUCGUAGGAAACGUUCCUCCAAACCAGAGGCUGUGAUUGAAUCCCUGCUACAGUGAGCCUUUUGUGAGAUGAAGACCACCAUAUUUUGUGCAUUUUCAAGGCCAGUCCAGUAUAUAUCUUAGGAAAUACUGAUACUUGUGAUGAUAAGGCACUUUGACAUAAGUGGAUAUGAAAAUAAAUCAUGUGUUAAUAUGCGGGAACUCCAGAGCUGGGUUUAGGUGAGGAUAGUUUGCUGUAAAAUGUCUGUUAACGAUAGCACUCCAAAAGGCACAUUUCACCUUUAACAUAAACACUGUUACUGUAUAUUCUGCUUUACACUGAUGGCUGGAGCGAGCAGGUUAUUAAUGCGACACAUAAGAUGAGCUUGCCGUCAGGGAAUAUGCUAUUGAGAAACGAAUCUAAUCUUAAUGUUUUAUACAGUUGGCAGCGUGCAAUUGCUUUAGCUCGAUGUACACAAGCUAUGCUACUUAAAUUUUUUUUUAUAGUGAGAAUGUGCAUGCCAUGUUUCCCUGGCUGUGGUGCCAUUAGCUCAAUUUACUCUAAUUGUAAUGUAUUUCCAUUGUGCACUGUAGUAAACCAUUAGUCUUAUGUAAACAUGUUUACAUUUUACAGUUUUUUCCCCCCUGU